CCAAAGCCUGGUGAAGGUGGAGGUACAGAAAGCGGGCCUCCUGUAUCUCUUAUCAUCCCAGAGCCAUUCUGCUCCCCGGGAUGAUGUCCGCAUGGAGCAAUGGCAGCUCCAAUGUGUCCUAUACCAGCUUCCUCCUGGUGGGCGUCCCGGGGCUGCAGGAGUCCCGCACGCUCCUGGUGCCACCCUUCCUCAGCCUCUACCUGGUAAUCCUCUCUGCCAACGCGCUGGUCAUCCACACGGUGGUGGCCCAGCGGAGCCUGCAUCAGCCCAUGUACCUGCUGAUUGCCCUGCUCCUGGCUGUCGACGUCGGUGUUGCCUCCACCGUGAUGCCCGCCAUGAUGUUCAGCUUCUCUACCCACUUCAACCACGUCUCCCUGCCUGGCUGUCUGCUUCAGAUAUUCUGCAUCUACUUCCUCAUUGUCUUUGACUGCAACAUCCUUCUGGUCAUGGCCCUGGACCGCUAUGUCGCCAUCUGCUACCCUCUCCGCUACCCCAGGAUCGUGACGGGCCGGUUGCUGGCUGGUCUGCUGGGGGCGGCAGCGGCCAGGAGCAUGCGCAUCGUUGCUCCGGUGGUGGCGCUGGCCUGCCGGUUUCGCUUCUGCCGCUCAGACGUGAUCCACCACUUUGCCUGUGAGCACAUGGCCCUCAUGAAGCUCUCC